AUGGCCAAGUCAAAGAACAGCUCGCAGCACAACCAGCAGCGCAAGGCUCACCGUAACGGUAUCACGAAGCCCAAGACCUCGAGAUACCCUUCGCUCAAGGGUGUUGACCCCAAGUUCCGUCGCAACCACCGACAUGCUCUCCACGGCAACGCCAAGGCCUUGAAGGAGGCCAAGGAAGGCAAGCGCGAAAAUGUUUGA